AUGGUUGUGAGAUCACUUGACAUACAUAAAGAUCCAUUUCGACCGCAAGAAAAUGAUGAAGAGCUUCUUGGCAAUGAAACUCCAUAUCUUAGUGCCAUUGGGGCGCUUAUGGAUCUUGCUAAUAAUACUCGACUAGAUAUCUGUUUUGCAGUAAAUGUAUUGGCAAGAUUCAGCUUAUCCCCAACAAAGAGACAUUGGAAUGGAGUCAAACAUAUAUUAAGAUAUCUUCAGGGAACCAUUGAUAUGAAAUUAUUUUAUUCUAAUAAAUCCAAGUCAGAAAUGAUUGGUUAUGCAGAUGCUGGAUAUUUGUCUGAUCCACAUAAAGCUCAAUCUCAGACAGGCUAUAUAUUUACAUAUGGAGGCACAACUAUCUCUUGGCGUUCAAUGAAACAAACAUUAGCUGCUACUUCUUCAAAUCAUGUAGAAAUAAUAGCCAUCCAUGAAGCAAGUCGGGAAUGUGUUUGGUUAAGAUCAAUGACUCACCAUAUUCAAGAAAUGUGUGGUUUUUCUAUGGAAAAAGAUAUUCCAACUACAUUGUACGAAGACAAUGCUGCAUGUAUAGCUCAGCUGAAAUGA